UAAAAAUCAACUGACAAAGGAGAGCGCACUUCAUGCGGGAGUAUAACUUUUUGUAGAGAGUAAUCAUUUGAGAAAAUAUUCAACUACUGAAGCUGAGCUCCCAAUCAAACCCCUCGUGCUCUCUCGCUGUUGAUGCUGUUUUUUCGAUCUUGUGAAAAAUGAAAAGUUUGGCGAGUGCUGUUGGUGCUAAGACGGCGAGGGCCUGCGACAGCUGCGUGAAGAGGCGGGCACGGUGGUACUGCGCCGCCGACGAUGCUUUCCUAUGCCAAUCUUGCGACACUUUGGUCCACUCAGCGAAUCUUCUCGCUCGCCGGCACGAGAGAGUUCUUUUGAAGUCUGCCUCAAAGCAUAGCAACCACAACCACAACCACUCACCUUCUUCUCCUCCGCAUGAGGCUGCAACGUGGCAUCACGGGUUCACUCGUAAACCUCGUACUCCACGUGGCUCUGGUAAGAAGAAUAAUUUGUCGAUAUUUCAUGAUUUGGUCCCCGAGAUUAGUGUUGAGGACCAGACCGAGAGCUGUGAGCGCGAAGAACAGCUGAUCUGUCAAGUGCCGGUUCUUGAUCCAACGGUGGCUGAGCAAAUCUUAAACGACGUCGUUGAGGCCAAGAUCGAGUUUCCUAUAAUGAGAAGUGGUGUAAUGAUGGAUGAUCAGGAGGACGAAGACAACGACGAGAGUUGUUUAAAUGGUUUUUUCCCCACCGACAUGGAGCUCGAAGAGUACGCUGCUGACGUGGAGAGUCUACUCGGUCGUGGGCUAGACACAGAGUCUUAUGCCAUGGAGGAACUAGGGUUAUCUAAAACAGAAAUGUUUAAAAUAGAAAAAGAGGAGGAAACUAAAGAUAUGAACAUUGGAAUAUGCGAUGAAGACCGAGAUAGAACGAUGCCGUUUGAGCUGAGCUUUGAUUACGAGUCACACAACACAUACGAAGAAGAGGCGUUAAAGAAUGUUGAAAGUAGUGGUGAAUGUAUUAAGGUGAAGGAGGAAGAGCAAAAGAAUGUUCUGAUGCUGAGAUUAAACUACGAGUCGGUGAUAUCAACUUGGGGAGGCCAAGGUCCACCGUGGACAUCAGGAGAGCCACCAGAACGUGACAUAGACAUCAGCGGUUGGCCAGUUGUUUCCAUGGGGGGAAAUGUUAGAGAAAGUCAGCAGAAGCAUCACGUUGGUGGAUGUUUACCCUCGAGUGGGUUUGGGGAUGGAGGAAGAGAAGCUAGAGUCUCGAGGUACAGGGAGAAGAGGAGGACGAGAUUGUUUUCGAAGAAGAUAAGGUACGAAGUACGUAAACUGAAUGCAGAGAAAAGACCUCGAAUGAAAGGAAGAUUCGUUAAGAGAGCUUCCCUUGCUGUUUCUGCUAUGAACUCACCAUUAGGUGUGAAUUACUGAAUAUUCCUGUUAUAUCUCACUUUAGCUUUUCUUAAAAAAGAAACUGAAGUUUUUGUAAGUUUUUUUUCUUCUGCAACGACAGAAGUUUCUUUUUUCUUUUUGCACUUAAUUGUGCUUUCUGGACUUGGUAUGUGCACAGGAAAACCAAUAAUGUGACUUUCUUGUCUGGAUAGAGCUGAUGUAUAAAUUAUCUGGUAAUAAUAAUGUGACAAGUCAUUUUUAUUGUUA